AUGGGUUUCCUAUUUUUGAUUAAUGAUAAUAUUUAUGCAUAUGGUAAUGAUAUAUGUGAAUGGUUAUCAUUGCAACAUGAUCCAAAACAACCAAAACAAAUUGAAAUUUUGAAUGGCAGAAAAAUUAUUCAAAUCGAUUCGGGUAGUAAAUUUGUUGUUAUUUUAACUGAUGAUGGACAAGUUUAUCUUGCCGGUGGUGAUAUUGAAUGGCAAACCAAUAAUACAUUACGUUUAAUUUCCAACGGUAAUGAUCGUUUUGAAAUGAUUGCAUGUGGAUAUUAUCAUUUGUUAUUGUUACGAAAAGAUGGUAUGGUUUUUGCAAUUGGAUAUAAUCAAUAUGGUGUAUUAACAAUCGAUGAUCAUUCAUAUGAUAAUAUGGUUGAUACUGGUUUGAUUAAUAUUAAACAAAUAAUAUGUGGUGGAUUUCAUAAUUUUGCCAUCACCAAUACGAAUGAAAUUUAUUCCUGGGGUUGUAAUAAAUGUGGACAAUUAGGUCAUUGUGAUAGAAAAAAACGAAACAAACCAACAUUGGUUUCAUUUACUGAUGGUUCGAUUCAUAGUCCAAUCAAAAAUAUUGUUGCCGGUUUAUUGCAUUCAUUAUUUUUAUUCGAAAAUGGACAAUGUUUUGUUUGUGGUCAAUAUCAACAACGAACAUCAUAUAAUGAUUAUCGACAAGAUUCAAUUAUACCGAUAAAAAUACCGAUUGAAAAUGUACAAAAUGUUGCCUGUAAAAAUGAUCUUUAUUAUUCAUUAUUAAUGGAUCAAACAUUAAAUUAUUAUGAAUGGGGUAUGAAAUUGAAAGAUAAAUAUUUAUUUUCAAUAAAAUUUUGUCAUCAACAACAACAACAACAACAACAGCAACCAAAAUCAUUUGCUGCUGCAUCAAUGAAAAUAACUGGAUCAUCACCAAUCACAUUUGGCCUAACAUCAACCAUCUAUACAUUCGAAUCACAUUAUCCAAUAUCAUUCAUGGAAUUAUUGGAUAAUCCGGAUAAUUAUGAUGUUGAAUUUGUUAUCGGUAAUAAACGUAUAUUGGCUUCAAAAUGUUAUCUACGAAUGGUAUCCAAAUAUUAUAAUCGAAUGUUUUCAGGUCAAUGGCAAGAAAAUAAACAAGUAACAAUCAAAGAUUAUAGUUAUGAUGCCUAUUAUGCAUAUCUAAUGAUGUUACAUGAUGGUUAUAUUCAAAUUAAUCGAUACAAUAUAACCGAACUUAUUGAUUUGGCCAAUUGUUAUGGUGAUGAACGAUUAAUGAAAAAUUGUAAAACAUUUAUAGAAAAUGAUCUUAAUAAACAAACUUUGUGUAAUUAUAUUCCAUUAAUUCAAAAAUAUAAACUAUAUGAUUUUAAUCCAAUAUAUAUGAAACUUGUAAAAUUAAUUACAAAUGAAACAUUAGAAAAAAUUACUGAUAAUUUUGUUAAAAAUAGAGAUAAUAUUAUAAAAGUUAUUGAUUGGUUU